CUUGAUGAAGAGAAUCAAUUUUGCAAACACGGUAAAUGCUAUGCUGCUACGUUUACAUGGGAAGCUACGGCUGGCAGUUCUGCCACGGAUAAGGUAGUGACACCUCUUCUUUGUAACCUCGAUCAAACUGCCCUAGACCGUGUGAAGAGAAACCGAAGACAUGAAGUUUCUGUUAAGCUAUAGCUUUUUGUUCGUGCUGUAUGACACACUUCACAGAUGCUCUGCCGGGGAUUCACCUAUCGACGCGACAAGUUUGCUGCAAGUGGAAACUCGAGUGAAGUAUAUUCUGGAUGAUAAAACGGCCCCUUUUCUUGGCAUAAACUCGGCCUGUAUCACAGUGGAGAUGGUUAACAGUACCUCUCCAUAUCUUGCAAUUGUGGACUACAUGGUUGAGUCGAAAUGGAACACUUUAGUCUAUACAGGCACUCCAUCAAGCUCUCCGAGCUCGCACCAACCGGCUCUUAUUUACUUUACUACUUCAGAAUCAGACGCCUCUGUUGAAUACCAGACACAUGAGCUUUUGCAAUUUGAGAGAUCAGCUUGCUUCGUGCUAUCCGGUGUAUCAAGGCAAGAUAGAGUUUUUGACUUCAGCCAUAUACAACCCUAAAGAGGCAUAGCUUGCAACUGUUCUCCACUUAAUAAUAAUAUAAAAUCGUUUAUUCUUUCUGCAUGUAUUUUUCCCGCUAGCAGACGUUCAAGUGACGGCUGCAGAAGCGAUUUCUCAGUUCGCAUAAAUUAAGAACGCGACUGAAUACUUACAAACACUGUGUUAAGUGGCCGACGGGAAAUUUACAGAUAGCUCAAGUUUUCGUAAAUAAAACGAAGUUCAUGACUCUUUCUAAAGAAAGAUAUAUUUGAUGGACGCAACUAUAAAAGCUGAUAUACAUAUCUAAAUCAAUUGUACAUUUUAAUGUUAUUUGUCAUAUCUUAGUUGUGAGUGCAGUUUUAUUGAACAUCAUACUCAAUGAACCUAGUAUUCUCCAUUUCGUUCAUCUCUCUCGAGCGUACGUAUUUCUGGUUGUCAACGAAAAUAGGAGAAGAGCAUGUCCCUUGUUUUUAAUACUAUGUGCUUUGUUUUAUUACCGCAACAAUUUACUUUUUAUAGGGUGCUACCUUUGGAAAGUGCUCAGUGAAGAGGCCGAAACAAAAACCUCAAAUUGCCCUGAAAAACCUAAAUCAAUUGAGGCUUGCAACAGUGAAUUUGAAAAGUGCAAGGCAUAUAACAAUGAGCAAUGUUCUACUUGGCUCUGAUUUGUUCGCUAAUAAAUACGUCCAUGUGGCUUGUCCUACAACCCCAGCGCUGCCGUUCAUGCGUCAAGUU